CUCUAGUCUUGAUCUCAAACCAAACUCAACUCCGAUUGUUUGUUUCAUUUCCAACAGGCAAAGCACGUUCCCAGUGCUUGAUGUGAAUGAGAGGCGCCUGUUUAUCGUCCUUUGAUCCAUCCCAUAAUUUGCAAGCCCCUUUGACCAAUUGCUCCCUAUUUUCGUCCUCAGAAUGUAAAAGAAAGAGGUAUCUCUGAUAUUACAGUAUGCUAUACAGACACAACUGAGCCUCGCUUCAGCCGGUCACCGUCAUUAACGUCCUUGAUUCAUCCAGAGUAACUAAGACUGAACACGAAACUCUAGAUGAACGGAUAAUCAUCAUCAUCACAGCUUGCUUAGUGCUGGCUCCACUGAAUGGUGUUCAGGUCGAUGCCCUCCUGGACGAGCUCCCACAGAGGGCUUAGCUCUCGGAGGAAAGUGACACGCUCCUGCACCGCCUUGAGGACAUAGUCAAUCUCCGCUUCAGUGGUAAAGCGGCCGAUACCGAAUCGGAUACUGCUGUGAGCGCUCUCAUCACUGUUGCCAAGCGCACGUAGAACGUAGCUAGGCUCCAGUGAGGCCGAGGUACAAGCACUGCCCGAAGACAGGGCAAUAUCCUUAAGAGCCAUCAGGAGAGACUCUCCCUCGACAUAAGCAAAGGAAACGUUGACGCAACCGGGGUAGAAGGAGUCGGCAGCGCCGUUCUGUGUCGUGUGCUCCAUAGACAAAAGGCCGUUGAGCAGGCGAUCUGAGAGAUACUUAAUGCGCUUGGUGUCGUACUAUAAAUAGAUCAGACAGAAGCUUCGAUCAACACGGCCGGCCUUGUCACGGGCCAUUCAGAAAGCCAUGCAUGUGUAGAGCAACUCAUCAUAUGUACAGAGAGAGGUUUAAGAAAGUUAUGAGUACUUACAGCCAUCUCCUCCUUGGCAAUGCGACAAGCCUCGCCAAAGCCGGCAACGAGGGAGGGAGCAAGAGUUCCACUUCGGAGACCUCGUUCCUGACCACCGCCGGUAAUAAGAGGGUCCAGUCUGACCCUAGGUCGCCUUCGGACAUAACAGGCACCAAUACCCUUGGGACCAUAAAUUUUAUGUGAAGAAAUUGACAUCAAGUCAAUAUUCAUGGCGUUGACAUCGAGAGGAAUCUUGCCCACAGCUUGGGCAGCGUCAGUAUGGAAGAAGAUCUUCUUCGAUCGGCACAGCUUGCCGAUUUGCUCAAUAGGCUGAAUCACACCAAUCUCGUUGUUGACAGUCAUGAUACUGACGAGGGCAGUCUCGGGUCGAAUAGCGGCCUCCAGGUCCUCCAUUCGGAUGAGACCGUUGUUCUGAACAGGGAGAUAUGUGACCUCGAAGCCCUCAUCCUGGAGAUGGCGGCAGCUGUCGAGCACGCACUUGUGCUCAGUCUGUGUUGUGAUGAUGUGCUUCUUCUUGCCAGAUCGACCAAAGAAGCGAGCGACACCCUUGAUACUCAUGUUGUUACUCUCGGUGGCACCGCUGGUGAAGAUGAUCUCCUUGGAGUCAGCACCGAUAAGCUUGGCGACAUGCUCACGCGCAUCUUCUACGGCCUUCUCACUCUCCCAGCCAUAAGCAUGUGUCCGCGAAUGGGGGUUGCCGUAGACGCCGACAUAGAAUGGCAUCAUUGCAUCGAGAACUCGAGGAUCGACGGGUGUUGUAGCCUGCAUGUCGAGGUAGAUGGGACGCUGGCCCUCUUCCAUAACUGCUGCUUGCUUCAGGACUUCUAUUUGGGAUAAUUAGCCUCAAUAUAAAAAAAAUCUCACUCACUAGGCAGAGCGGGACAAGAUGCACUUACCAGCCAUUGGGCUAACGCUAGCAUUGGAGGGAGUAUCAGGAGGAGGGAUGUCAGCAAAGGCCUUCUUAUCGAGCUUGAUAGCCGUCUCAACCUGAGCAUUGUCCCUCUUGGUCUCGGAUACAUAUCCACGUUGUGAUGUGCGCCUCGCCACGACAGCUGCGCGAGCCAUACCUCGCAGAGGAGCUACAGUGACGCGAAAGGCUGGGCUCAAGCCAACUCGGCCCGCCGAGCGCAGGGCGCAUGAAGCGAUAUUGGAAGACAUUAUGAAUUGAAUGUCUGGCAGUUGCAAGGACGAAGAAACGUCAAGCUAAGCCAGUGGGAAGAAGAAGAGAAGAGGUGAAUUUUGGUGGAGGAGGCGUUGAGCUCCAGGUCCAAGAUUUGUCAUUAGCUUGUCGGCUCGGGGUCCUCGGUGAUAAGCCUCCGGCAGAUUCGGCACGGCCAUUGGCUGAAAAAGCCGGGGAGCGGCAGAAGGUGCGCUCUUUAGGUCUUAGGUUACGGCGGAGGAGAAGCCGAAACCGUUGUGGUGAGAGGAAGAUGGAAGAGUCAUUAUUUCGUGGCGAGAUGUUGUAACGGGGAGGUAAUCGAUGCGACGUUCUUUGCAGGGCCUUUCCAGGUGUUAUCUGCUCUCUGUGCAUCCCGUCCGCUGCAGGCUGCCAGUUCAUAGCCUCAACCUCAGGGACCCCAGUACACUCAGACCUUGUUCUUGGUGCGGUGCGGAGGGUUAGGUUCCUAUUGCGGUGCAGGCGGAGUUUUCAUCGAACCUUCAAUUCACCGAAACCGACAGGCACGGGCAUACAUAUUAUUCUCUGCAUGCGCCUCUCCGGGCAUUUCCCCAUUCCCCAAGGUUGAACUACCUGCAGUACCUAUGUAAAAGAAAGGGCUUGUGGCUCGGGUGCAGCGCCUUUACGACCUGACCUGUGGCCCAAAUGAGAUUGAUCCCUGGAAGCUGUCAAGAGUGACGCAACGCCCAUGACGCAGUGGACGCUGUGGCUAUAGUCCCUAAGGUCACUCCUCUGAAAUCCAAACCCUGAGUAAAUGACUGCUCCGGUCAACUCGGUAUUCAAAAAAAGGUAUAUGGUUCAAGACAAAACCACGUUAUCAGAACAUUGAGCUCACGUCUAAAUACUUUGAUAUACUCCGUACCUACCUAUUUUCCCUGUCAGUCUGAUACUUAAUAGUCCCUGACUGCCAUUGUCAUCUCAGCUUCCCCCAUGUGUCCCUAUUAUUUCUUCAACCUCCUGAUAGCCACAGCAUCGGAAACCGGCAGGCUUGGCAGCAAGACAAAGGACGGGCUGGGCAGCAAAAAAGGUCCAGUGAGGGAACUUAAACCUGGGAGCUAAGCUAAAACACAGCCACACAAGUGGACGUCACCGUUCCACGACUCACUCAGUCAUGUUCUGGGCUGUCCUGCCCUGUCAUAAUCGAGAGCUUCAUAAGUUACCUUCUCGUCUAACUUUGGCGGCCUCGCGAUCUGAGGGUUUUCGCGAUACUCACUCACUCUUCUUCCACCCACCACCGACUCUACUCCUGGCAUCACUAGAAUAAUCUAACAACUAUCGCCGCGCUCUCGCCAUGAGCUUCAAAGGCUUCCAGAAGAGCCUCACUCGGGCCCCGCAACAAUUCAAGUCCAAAUUCAACAUCGGCGAGCAUACCAAAGAUGCUGUCUACAUCGAUGCCGAACGUCGUUUCCAGGAACUCGAGACUGAGACCAAGAAGCUCCACGAUGAGUCCAAAAAGUACUUCGAGUCCAUCAAUGGCAUGCUCUCCCAUCAGAUCGAGUUCAGCAAGGCCAUGACCGAAGUCUACAAGCCCAUCUCGGGUCGCAUGUCAGACCCAGACUCAAUGAAGAUAGAGGGUAACCCCGAAGGCAUCCGUGCUUGCGAAGAAUACGAGGCUGUAGUCAAGGACCUGCAAGAGACGUUGGCCCCGGAGUUAGAAAUGAUAGAAUCUAGGAUUAUCCGUCCCGCUAACGAGUUGCUCGACGUCGUCAAGGUGAUACGCAAGACCGCCCUCAAGCGUGAACACAAGAGACUCGACUACGACCGACACCGCACAACCCUCAAGAAGCUGCAGGACAAGAAAGAGCGCACUGCCAAGGAUGAAAAGGCAAUGUGGAAGGCUGAAGGAGACGUCGAGCAAGCCACCCAGGACUUCAACUACUUCAACGACCUCCUCAAGGACGAGCUACCCAAGCUGUUCCAGCUUGAGCGCGAAUUCAUCCAGCCCCUCUUCCAAUCGUUCUACUACAUGCAGCUCAACAUCUUCUACACACUCCAUGAGAAGAUGCAAAAUUGCGACAUCGGUUAUUUCGAUCUCACGCUCGACAUUGAGGAUGCUUUCCAUGAGAAGCGCGGCGACAUUCAAGAACAGGCUGAAGCGCUGUCCAUCUGUCGCUUCAAGACUACCGGUCGCCCGCGACCUGUGCGAUACGGAGCCAAGCCUGCCCUCGAAGGCCCCAAGCAGCCCGCACUCCUUACACAGGGAGGCGAGGGUUCCAAACCGUCAAGCAGCACUGUGACGAGCCCCAAAAUUGGUGGCUAUCAACGCCCCGCCUCGACCGCCAACGAAGGUGCCGCUCCCCCGCCGUACACUCCUCCAACAGGCGCCAAUGCAGGCCUAGCCGCCAUCGCCGCUGGCAAGAAGAAGCCACCGCCCCCUAAGCCCAAGCCCAAGCCCAUGCGCCUCACGGCCCCGGGAGUUGAGACUGUAACGGCUCUUUACGAUUACGCUGCGCAAGCCGAGGGCGAUCUAAGUUUCCGAGCUGGUGACGUUAUCGAGAUUGUCACAAGGACACAGAACGAGAACGAAUGGUGGACUGGACGACUGCAAGGCAAGGAGGGACAGUUCCCAGGCAAUUAUGUCCAGCUCAACAGCUGAAGAGUGUGAUCGUUGCAUUGGUCACGAAGGUGAUCUAAUCCGUGAUAAGACCUCCACUACUUCGAUACCUGGACACGAAACGAAACAACUCAUCAAAACUUGCUUACAAUAGACACUCAUAAUUCAGAGGGCAGCUUCAGUCGAAGGUAGAUAUUGGGAAGGCCAAGGCGCAUGGAUGAAGCACAGGAGGCUGAGACGUGAAGAUGAAACAACAGUCCGCAUGUUAACUCGAUGUCCUGGAAACGAAAUGCAAGGACCCUUCGUUUCUGGAGAUGCAAGGAGCCUCUGUGGCCAAGGAAGAAGAUGGGGCAUGUCUGGCGUUAAUGGAUAGGGCUUUUGCUGUCUGCAGAAGCAGAUAAUACAAUACUACUAUAUAUUCAAUCAAUCCGUGCACGAUAGCCUUGUAGCUUCUGGUUGUGAGCCACUGGAGAGUCGGGCUUGUACGGCUUGUAUGAAUCAUAGGCAUGUUUAUGGCCUCUUAGGGGAAGCAUUUAGCCAUGUCAGACAACAUGGUUUAAUUGCUCUAAACUCGCGCAGUAUACUCUAAACGUUAUUAGUGAGGCAUGGGUCUGCAUGUUAGUUACUGCAUACAUGCCAGAGCCUGCUUUCAUCAAAGCGUAUCAGGUUUUGACGAGGUUGAAUGAGGCUCAAAAAUGGGGUUGGCCCCUCAGGGAUCUCAACAGGGGGCAUACACCAUCAAAGCACAUGAAAGAUGUCGUGUAAUUGGCCAAUCCUGGAAUAUUGGCUGAAUGGGCAAUCGAUACCAUCAGC